CCGCCGACACUCGCUCGCUCAUCCGACAAACGACUCAUCGCAGCGCCUCCGGACAGCGGCGAUCAGAUACCGCCGGCCCCUGCUGCUGUCGCACGAUCGCGCUUCCGUCUGCUGCACCCAGAGUUUGGCAUCGACCGCUGGUCACCCGACCAACUUCCGGCUGCGUCUCAGAGGCCGAGAGACACCUGCUGGGAGAGUACAUCCAGAGGCCGCUGAGCAGCGCGACUGCCCGCCGUCUAUGCUAUAGCGAGACUGGCUAUGACCAACUACCAGACCAUCCCAGACAGGAUCGCCUCUCCGGGGGGCUCCAGUAGCAUGUCAAGAUCGCGGCGCCGAGGUGGAAAAGAUGGCCAUGGCGGGCAGGCCACGAUGAUCAGCAGCAUCAUCAACCUGCUGAAUACCAUCGUUGGAGCCGGCACGCUUGCUAUGCCCUCCGUCUUAUCGCACAUGGGAAUCAUGCUGGGAGUCCUCCUUAUUCUUUGGUCGGGCUUCACCUCUGCGUUCGGCCUCUAUCUCCAGUCCCGUUGCGCCCGCUACCUUGACCGCGGAUCGUCCUCCUUCUUCGCCCUGUCCCAGCUGACGUAUCCUAAUGCGUCCGUCAUCUUCGACGCGGCUAUCGCCAUCAAGUGCUUCGGCGUCGGAGUUUCGUACAUGAUCAUUAUCGGUGACCUUAUGCCAGGCGUGGCGUUGGGCUUCAAUAGCAACGCCGAGAAGAUCCCCUAUCUUGUUGACCGAAACUUUUGGAUCACUGCUUUCAUGCUACUGGUUAUACCCCUGAGUUUCUUGAAGAGGCUUGACUCUCUCAAGUACACCAGCAUAGUUGCCUUGGUGUCCAUUGGAUAUCUCAUCGUUUUGGUCAUCUACCACUUCUCCGUCGAUCCUCACGCCGAUCCGAGCGACAUCCGCGUUAUUCAAUGGGCUGGAGCCGUCGAGACGCUCAGUGCCUUACCGGUAGUCGUAUUUGCCUAUACUUGCCACCAGAACAUGUUCUCCAUCCUCAACGAGAUCAAGGACAACACCCCAGGCAGCGUCGUGCGAGUCGUCGGAUCUAGUAUUGGGUCUGCAGCGUCCAUCUAUGUUUUGGUGGCCAUUACCGGAUACAUCACGUUCGGCAACUCCAUUGUUGGAAACAUUGUUUCAAUGUACCCCACUGGAGUGGCAUCUACAAUUGGAAAGGCUGCGAUCGUUAUCCUCGUAUUGUUUUCUAUUCCAUUACAGGUCCACCCUUGCCGUGCCUCUCUCGACGCCGUCUUCAACUGGCGACCAAAUAGGGGAAACACGAGCGGCGGCCGAGCUGGUUCCCCCCUGCUGACUUCAGCACCGGCGCAACGCGGUGACCAUGGCAGCACUGCACCGAUGUCCGAUCUUCGAUUUGCGCUCAUUACUACGAUUAUUCUGACCCUAGCUUACAUCACGGCUCUCUCCGUGAGCAGUCUCGACCGUGUCCUCGCCUUUGUGGGGAGCACAGGAUCUACAUCCAUCAGCUUCAUUCUCCCCGGCCUCUUUUACUACAAGAUCAGUGAUCCUGAGAGCAUCCAUCAUCAGCGUUUGGCCAAGGGAGACGAUGACAUGGGCGGCUCAGAUGAAUCUGACAACGAAGACUCUGGCAUGCUUGCCCAGAGCAGCCACAGCAUUCACAGUGCCACCAGUGCCACGAGCAGCCAGAGCCCAAAUGCAUGGCGCUGGCGCAGAAAGUGGCGAUGGGACCUGGAGCACCUCGAGCACGGCCUCUUACGCAAGAUGGCAUUGGCACUGGCGAUUUACGGAAUGAUUGUGAUGGUGGUCUGCUUGGUUAUGAAUAUCUUCUUCGCCGUCUCUCAUUAA